ACCACUGCCCUAUAUGCCGAGCCAAGGUUGGCCCUGCCGCCGUGACUAACUACUGCCGCCCUAAGAACCAAGUGCAGUGGUGGCUUGGUGAGUUUAAGGAGGACCCGCUGAUGUCGGCUUCCAAGUAAGUUAAUAUAGGUUUGCCUCUAGGAGCACUGCCCCGGUGCAACUAAAUGUAAGAAACCAUUUAAAAAUAGUAUUCAUUUAUUUUAUCGUAAGUUACUCGUCGGCAGUAAUCUUGGGUGCUAUACAGCAAACUGUGAAUAAAUUCACCAACAAAAACAUUCGAUGCCAUUUAGAAUUUUUCAGCCAGACUUUGGACUGCCGGAAGCGGGGCCAAAGACACGAUCGGCGGAACGUUGGGAUCGCCGGUAGCCUCUCGCCGACAUGGCUGUCAGGUAAGCCCCAGACAAUGGCAGUCAGCCCGCGUGUCAGAUGCUGGGCCCUAGCAUCCAAUUCGUUCGCUGUGUAUCUAUGAGCAAGCGAGCCCCAGCGAUGCGAAUCGAUUCGGAGGAGACCACUGCACCGUCAUUUUACCCACCCGGUGCUGAUGUUGCGGUUUCCCUCAUGUAUUUGCAUCGAGGCUUCUACUGAUGCUGCACUCGCCGUCAGCGCUCUUGAGGGCCCCCAACUUUGGAAUCAACCACUUUGGGCCAAUGUGGUUGAUUCGCUGUGGCAAUUGGCUCGAUCUUCAGUUGUUCAGAGCCGGGCCAACUUCAGUUUUGAUUAAUGGUCCAUCUCUACAUAUUGUACACACAGUUUGUCACGAAAAAUAAGCUUGAUUGGCAUCGCGAUCGCUCUGCUUGCCGAGCUCUCCAAGUUGGUGCGUGCUCCACGAUUCGGCUGGCGUUAUGGCGCGGAUCUGUCGUCACUGACGGCCAGAAUCCUGCUGUGUGACUGCCGAGCGGCGUGAGACUCUGCGCUUCUCUGAAUGGUGCGAGGCGCGGCGUUAAUCUUCGCGGGACUGCGGUGGCAGCACAUUUUCGCAGACAAGAGCGACCGACGUACGACAGCGGCGCUCGUGACGACAGAAGAUUCACGGCCAUUCCCAUCGCGGAGCACAACACGAUGCCGCCGCGGAAAAUCUGCCGAAGCGAGGCUUCGCUUCCUGGCCGCCACGAGCUGACACCCGCCUGAUUCGUUUGGCUCGGCGGAGCUCGAGGCGAGGCGGGGCGUUGGGUUCGGCGCACUCGGCCCAGUCGCUGGCGUGCAUGGACUUGGCUAUUCGACCCGCGCGCUCGGCGCAGAGAUCAGUGAUCUCGGCCGAGGAACUGACUCGAGGCGAUCGAGCGUGCAUGAAUGCGCGCGCCAUCCAACACGGCGUUAAACCAGACGGCGGUGGCUGGCCAAUGGAUGCCUGCCGGCCAGCGAGAGGAUCAGAGACUGCCGCCCGCCGCCGCCAGCAAAUGUAUCGAUAGCUAAAGCUGCUCGUGCCGCUUGGGCAUCUCCAAGCUGGCGGUCGUCACCGCCGCCGCGUACUGUAGAGCACAGGGGCACCAUUUGAGCCGUGGCAUGGCCAUGCCGCCGCCGAUGAGCGACCGCCGAAAAUCGCUGGCGUAUAUCGCUGGAGGCGAAUCUUGUCGCCGCGACCGGCGUGACGCGCAUCGGCGGGCCAAUGGCCGUCACCACCGCGCUGCUCGCUCCCUGGCGAUUGGCGGAGCGCCGGCCGAGAUGCGCGUCACGCGAUGGUGCUUGGUGCUUGGGGCGACGAUCGCAAUGAUCUGAUCGACUGUCUCAUGUGCGGGGGUCGACUGGGCAACCAACGUGUCUGCACCGCCAGUUGCUUGCUCGGCGACGAAUCUGCGCGUGGACAGGUCUCGGAGUGUCCCGAGCCCAGCCAAAGUUUGGGCCUGCGCGAUAUCCACGGGUUAACAACCUUCGCGACCGACCGAGUUGGCAGGUCAUUCCGCAAUUUGCCAUCGAGCAAACACUACCCACACAACAACAACAAGCAUGAACGCGUACUUUGUACCGCAGCCGCACGAGAAGCCGGCCCCGCGCGCGCCGGAGCGGCCCAACUCCAAGACGUACACGCUGAAGGAGCUGCGCCAGUGCGCGGGCAGCGAGCUGCCGCUGCACCUGGACGUGGGCGCCACCAAGAAGGAGGAGGGCUACGCCGUGUACAACAUCACCACGUCGAGCGUGUCGACGCAGAACCGGUGGCACGCGUCGUACCGGUACUCGGAGUUCCUGGCGUUCCGCAACCAGGUGGAGGAGGUGUGGACGUGCCACGACGACAAGUGCCAGGGCUCAUGCCAGUCGCUGCGCGACCUGAUCGAGGCGUGCUUCCCCAAGAAGGCGGGCCUCAUGUCGACGUGGUCGUUCACGGUGAAGGACCGCAAGGCCAAGUUCAAGAACGUGUUGAUCCACCUGCUGCGCUCGGUGCUGCUGCCCGGCAGCACCAUGAAGUGCUUCCACGCGCGCCAGCAGCUGCCGCCCGCCGUGUUCGAGUUCCUGGGCAUCGAGGACGGCGCCGACAAGCGCUCGCUGCUGCAGGUGUACGUGGACAACCACCAGGGCGGCAUGAAGAAGUCGGCGAGUCACACGGGCCUGUCGUCGCUGGUGGGCAUGAAGAAGAUGAGCUCCAUGAAGAAGUCGGCCACGACGCCCAACCUGGCGCAGCUGGAGCUGGAGGCGGAGGAGAAGGGCGCCGUCGCCACGAUCGAGGACCCGCAGUGCAUGGUGUGUCUGGAGGACGUGGAGGACCACGUGCACGCCGAGGGCCCGCAGGGUCUGGUGACGUUGCCGUGCAAACACUCGUUCCACCGUGAGUGCAUCUUCGAGUGGCUGCUGUUCCAGUACCACUGCCCCAUGUGCCGCGCGCAGGUGGGUCCUUCGGCCAUGACCAACUACGCGUGCCCGAAGAAGCAGGAGCAGUGGUGGCUCGGCAACUUUAAGGAGAACCCGCUGGAGCGCGACACCGAGUAAGCCGGCAUACAGACACAUCCACUAGAGUAUUUACAAAAAGAAUAAUUUGUCAUCGCCUUCAAUCGAUAUUAUUUACCACAACCAAGCAAUGCUUUUCGUGUUGAGUUUGUAUGUCUUGCUACUGUUCUCACGGUACUGUGGGCAUUUAUCCUGGUGACAUAGCGUAAGGUGGUCUGCUACGAGUGAUCCGAGUUUUUAUCCCACCAAAGACUACCUGUAUACAGCAACAUAGUGCGUAUUUACCGUUGCACUAUAUCAUCAAGUGUGCUGAGCGGUUCCUACGCUAGCAUUUGCAGGGUGCUUCAUAUUCUCGUGACAGCUAGUAGCUGCUCGUUGCCGUGAUUGAGGGUGCUGGUGGGAAGGCGAGUAUGAACGGUGGCUCCAAGCAAAACGGUAAGAUACAAUUUGGACACCAGCAGGGUCCAUCCUCUUGAUUUCUGAAGUUUGCAACGGGAUGCGCCGUUAUCAGGGUGCUUGGUGGACGGAUCACGCGCAUCGCACACUUGGUUGUUGGGUCACUCGUUGCACCACAGCGAUUGGCGAUGAAGGGUACUGUACACGCACACGAUAAACUCACGACACUUUGAUCGAAUCCAUGGAUGGAUGCACCCUCAACGUAUGUACCGUCAGCGGGAGCUCCCACACAGCUAUGCGUAGUUCAUUUGGUUCUGCAAUGGUUUAAUCGUUUCGAUUUGGAUGUGGAGAAGGAAUGUCGCCGCCACUUGCGUCAUAAUACAGCAUAAUACAGCACUGGGGCCAAGUGCUUCGCCAUCUCUGCUGUGUAGCUGUGCGCGCAACAGCGCUCAUCUGUCAGCCCCCAGGAGCAUUGAUAGAUGAGCAUGGACGGAUGCAAUGCUGAUCUACAAAAGAACACCAGCGCUGGUACCACUGGUACCGUACCAGCAAGCAGUGUGAGGCGGUGAGGCGGUGCUUUGACGUAGGUGUAUGUACCUGAGAUCAGGCUGCUUGGAUCGCGAAUGGAUGGAGGCAGGUAGACCUCCGUGUUUCCUUGGGCGAUCGCCAAAAUGGUCGGCCUUGUCAACCUCGGAGAGUUGUGACGCGCACCAAUGCCCCAAUCGCUCGGCAGCUUGGCCACUGCUUCUGGAGUGAACCACUUGUACUUGACUGAGCAAAAGACAGAAUGCCAUUGAAUUGAGGUUAGCGAGUAGCAACAAGUACCGGUAGCUAGCUCUGAGGGGCGUCUCCAGGGGGAGACGCUGCUAAUGCAACACGAAAGCCAGGUUGAAGCCUGGUACAAGCAGAGAUGCGCCGAGCACGAAGUAGUGACUUGGAGCGGAGUUGAACGGAGACUGGUCCACGUCUCUGGAGCAGAGUGACACAUCUGGAGGCGAGCUUCGAUUGGUACUGCGUCGACACGGGAACCGCUGACGAGAUCGAUGUCGAGACGGGCGCUGUCCACGUAGACUUAGACCAUUACAGCUUCUCAAGCUCAUUGGGCGAUGACACUCGGCGACUGACACCUGCAUAUCUACCGGUUGGUGCGGUAGGUUGGAUGUUGUGUUCAUCGCGCGGGCCCACUGAUGGAUGCACCACCGUCUUCUCGAAGCCCCUGUCUCAUUUGGACACUUUGGGUGUCUCGCUUCGAGACUAUCGCUGGCUCUUGCACGCUCGGAUCGAAGAGAGACAGGCGCACGUGUCGCGACGCAAAACUUUCAUCACCGAUGACCGUACCGCACCGCUCGCACAUCGCUCAUGCCGGCGAUGUGGAAGUGGAGGUUUGCUCAGCUCAUUCUGCAUUUUACCAUCAACUGGUCAAGUCAACGCCAACACUAAGACACCAGCACCGCUUCCAACCAUGAAUGGCUACUUCGUCCCGGAGCCGCGCCAGAAGCCAGCCCACGCCGACGAGAUGGACAGCCCCAACUGCAAGACGUACACGCUCAAGAUGCUUCGGCAGUGCGCCGGAAGCGAGCUGCCUCUGCGCGUGAAGGUGACGUCC